AAUACUGAGCUCCCCUUCACUGAAGUAAAGUUCAUUACGGAGGAGCCUGCAGCUGAUUAUCUUUCCUGUUCACCAAUCAGUGGCUUUUCAUUAUUUUACAGCCCCUCAACAAGAUGAUUGGACAGAAAACGAUCCAUUCGUUUUUUUCGCCCGUCUCCAAAAAGCGGAUUUCUAAGGAUUUAAAUCAAACUGACGAUGAAGCUAAUGACGCGAGGAAGAGGAAAGCCUCUGCGCUGGAUUCAGACUCGCCCAGUCCUCCUUCAUCUGCUGCAGCCUCCCCGGCUCAGACCCCUCUGUCUCCGGCGCAGCAAGAGCGGAUCGCCCGCAACAAGAGAGUCGCCCUGGAGAAACUCGCCUCGGCCCACACGCUUCCUGGUUUCGGGGAGAGCUGGAGAGAGGAGCUGUCCCCGGAGUUUGGAAAAGCGUAUUUCAAACAACUGAUGGACUUUGUCUCUGGGGAGAGGAAACGUCACACGGUGUUUCCCCCUGCUGAGCAAGUCUUCGCCUGGACUCAGACGUGUGACAUCCGAGAUGUCAAGGUGGUGAUUCUUGGCCAGGAUCCGUAUCAUGGGCCCAACCAAGCCCACGGACUGUGCUUCAGUGUCAAGCAACCAGUCCCUCCUCCACCCAGUUUGGCGAACAUUUAUAAAGAACUGAUUUCAGACAUUGAAGGCUUCCAGCACCCAGGACACGGAGAUCUGACUGGAUGGGCCCAACAAGGUGUGUUGUUGCUCAACGCUGUGUUGACCGUCAAAGCGCAUCAGGCCAACUCUCACAAAGACAAAGGCUGGGAGACUUUCACGGACGCUGUGGUGAAGUGGCUCAGCAAUAACAUGGAGGGCCUCGUCUUCAUGCUGUGGGGGUCAUACGCUCACAAGAAAGGAGCUGCUAUUAACAGGAAACGCCACCAUGUGCUGCAGGCGGUGCAUCCCUCUCCCUUGUCUGUUCAUCGGGGAUUCUUCGGGUGUAAGCAUUUCUCAAAGGCCAACGAGCUGCUGACGAAAUCCGGGAAGUCUCCGAUAGACUGGAAGGCACUUUAAGUUGUUCUGCAUGUGUAUGCCAGCUUUACUAACAUGUGUUACCAUUAACUACAGAUACAAACCAACACAUAAGCUUCCAAAGUCUCCUGUUUCAGCAAAACUAUGUUUUUUUUCAAUGAAAGAGUUUGUUUGUUCUAUACCCCGACUUUUCUUAAUCGUUCUUGUUGUGGUACAUAGUUGUGUCAUCUGCAUUUGUCAGUUCCUAUGUUGUAAAUAUGUUUGUGUACACUUAUGUUUUAUUUUAGUUCAGCCUUUCAAGUUUGCUUCAUAUAACUUGUUUUACUCAAGUGUUGGUUCCAUUAAACUUGUUCUAAAACUCAAA